UGCAAAGAAAACAUACAUAUGUAUGUAUGUCCAUUACUAAAUAACUACGACAGGAGAAAUUCAAAUAAGCUGAAACAUUUGCAUACGUUACAUAUAAUCAAAUAAGUAGUUUUGUUAAAUUGUUAUAGUAAAUUGUUUCAAAUAUAUAUCUACUACGGACUUAAUUAUAAAACAAAAUUUUUCCAUAAUAUUCAAAUGUCAACCGGAACCAAUUCCUGUGCGGCUUCUGCAUCCAAGCUUUCAAAUUCCGGAAGUUUUACAACAACUUUUGUUUCUCAAUACCUCGUCGAUUUUCAUCCCAUCAGUGUUCUUGGAAGUGGAACUUUUGGAGUCGUUUUUCUAGCCAAGAAAGGAAUUGAUGGUAUGCUCUACGCCGUAAAAAGGAUUAGUUUACCGGAAAAAAUCAAAUACCACAACGCGGUACAGCUCGAGGUUUUGACAUUGUCUCGUUUAACGCAUCAAAAUAUCGUCAGAUAUUUUAACGCUUGGAUUGAACGUCCCCCGGAAGACUGGAUAGAAGAAAAUGAUCCUCUCUACGCAGAAUACAAAGACGACGUGGACACAGGUUCGGACUCGUGUGUCGAUUCAAGGUGUUUUUACGGUCCUAACCCCUACCACUUAUACCUCCAGCAAGAAUACUGUCCAAACCAUACACUUCGAGUUUGGCUGGACAAACAUGAAGAGAGAAAAAACGUGAUGGUUUUCCUAUCCCAAAUUAUAAAUGGGUUGGAGUACAUUCACUCAAAAAGGGUUAUUCACAGAGAUCUAAAGCCAGAAAAUAUAUUCCUUUCUGCAAAAACAGAAAACAAUAGUCAAGAAAUCGAGGAAGAGUUGGUCCUUAAAAUUGGGGACUUCGGCCUGGCCAGUAUCGACCUUACAAGUGAGGACGUUGUUGACGAGUAUACGCAGCGAAACGACCAGGAUUCCAGUGAAAAUAGUAGUGGAAAGGCUAGAGAAUGUGGAACAGAGCUGUAUAAAUGUCCCGUAAAGACGGACAACCUCCGAGAUGUCAAUAAUCCCUUCCCCUUUGACAGUAAACUGGACAUAUAUGCCGCUGGAAUUAUCGCUUUUGAAUUAUUCAUCUACCUGGAUCCAAAAACUAGACGAGGAACGAUAGAUAAGUUAAACAGGUUGCAGGUUUAUCCUGCUGGAUUUCAAGAUGCGCAUGCGUUCGAGCACCAACUUGUACAAGAAAUGGUAACAAUAAACCCAAACGAUCGCCCAGAUGCGAAGGCAAUGAAAGAAAAAUUGCAAAAUUAUUUCAAUUCCGGGGUAACCCUUCCUAUUCUGUACAAUGUUUCCGACAGCGCGACCAAAUUUCACGGAAGAGAAAAAAAUCUGACCGAUUUGGAGACCAUUUUAACCAAGAGGAGUCCCACUGAGGCAGAAUUUAUCGUCAUCACGGGCAUGGGAGGCAUGGGAAAGUCCGAGUUGGCAAAACAGUUCGGAAUUCAAACUUUCACCAGGAGAGGAACCAGCGUCGUCUGGCUUCAUGGCGAUGACGACGAUACACUUGCCAGAUCAGCUGUAGAAUUCGCGCAAAAUACGUUAAAAAUUUCGACAAUUAGUCACAACGAGAAACAGCUCCCUCUGCCGGAUAUUUUCAAACUGAUUCAUCAAUUCUUCAAAGGCACAGAAUGGCUCCUGAUUAUCGACAACAUUGAAAAAAUUAGUGACCCUAUGAAAUCUAUUUUCAAAAACUUCACUUCCUACUUCCCAUUAAAACCGGUGGUUAUUUUGACAACCAGAUACACAGAUGUGCUGCCGGGGUCAAACGUGGUAGCCUUAGACGUCCUCUCAGAAGAAGAUGCUGCUCAUCUCAUCGCUUCAAAUCUGGAAGAUGUUCAGGAUUCGAAAGACGAAACUGUAGUGCUCGAACUCUGCAAACUUUUGCAAAAUUUCCCACUUGCAAUUAACCAAGCCGUGGGUUACAUUCGUGAACAAAAUAGCGAAACUUUAGAGGAUUUCAGUAUUGCAAAAUAUUUGGAAAUUUACACCCUCGAGAAAGCCACAUUAUUGGGGUUUGAAAUCCAAGAUAUCAAGCAUGACUAUACUCUCACGACUUUGUCCACGUGGAACACAACUUUAAAAGUUAUUCAAGCCGUGGAAGGAAUUGGUCAAGUUGCAUGCGAAUUACUGGAUUUUCUCGCUUAUUGCGAAAGUGAUGAUGUCCCCGUGGACUUUGUGACGACAUCGAUGAUCCCGAUCUUACACCAAGAAAAUUUGCGAUACAUACCGGAAGACGACAUCAAGAGGUCUAUCAUACUCUUAAGGAAGUAUAACAUGUGUAAACUUCCCUCGAAACGUGCCAUCAGUGUUCACCGCCUAGUCCAGGAGAUAAUCAGAUUGAAAAUAAAACCUAUUGAGGACACCUGGUUAAUAAAAGUCUUAUCAGUUUUCCAUCAUAUGGCUGAGAAGGGUGUCGAGUCAAAUCCGAAAUCUCACAUCCCACACAUUGCAAGCAUUUGGAAAUAUGGCGAAGCUUAUGCCGAAAUCAUAGGCAAGUUUCGCUACUUCCCGACCUGGGUGACUCGAACGUUACAUAAGCAUCACUUAUACCUAGAAGCUAACGAAUUAGGAAGAAGAAAUUACCACAGAAUGCUAGCUCUGCGAGGUGAGCUAGAGCCAAAAUGGGACGACUACACCUUAGCGACUUGGACGAUGGGAAAUGCAUUUUGUGAAGCACUUUGGUCUGCCGGCAAAGAUUCAGCGGCGUACCACCUUUAUCAUUAUCUGUUCCUGAAGGAGACUGAAAUUCUUGGGAUCAAUCAUCCGCUCACAAUCUCUACGGGGUAUAACAUUCUUCAAAUUUUAUCCAAGGGCGUUGUUACAAGCGAUCAUACUCCAGUUCCUGACUUCUUGCAAUUGGCGCAUCAACUGUGCACUGCUAGUAAGAAGGUUUUUGGCGAAAACCACCAAAUGACUGUUCUUCUCGAAAAUUUCUACCUUUUCGGACUUUCCUGGACAGGUCAUGAACAGGAAGCAUGGGAGGUUUAUGAACAAAUUCAAGACAAAGUUUUGUCGCGUGAUACUAAUAUGAAAUGCGAGUUAACAAUCGAACAAGGGACUACACAGCUUAGCCUUCUUCGCCUAUGUGGAAAUGAUCCAGAGAACGUUUGGCUUGGUGAAAUGGUUGAAGAACUUGUUGCAGAGUUAUCCGAAUCGUUCAGUGACGAACAUCCGCUGAUGCAAGACGCUAAGAUCUUAUUAUCAAAUGAGCUUUAUAAACAGGGAAAAUAUAACGAGGCUUUUAAAAUAUUGACAGACUUGAAUACCAAACAGGUUCAGAUAUUUGGAUCUAAUCAUCCCACAACGAAAGCAACUUGUGCAACUAUUAUUCGCCUGUUCCCACAUUUGGGAAUAAUGUGUCAAUUUGCGGGGUUUCUUGCGCAUAACAAUUAUCAAAUUGAUGGAGUAGCUGGAACUAUGGAAAUGUUUGAAAGAUUUAAAAAUGAGUGGGGAAAUGCGGGAGGUGGCGGAUCAUCGCCCAAUAAUAAGUAGAAUAGGUUUACAAAGUAAAAUUUAAGGUCUUCAUCCGUAAAUUUACAUUUGUGAAAUAGGAAAUUGCAAUUAUAUAUAUUAAUUUUGUGUGGAUUCAGCAUUUUUCAAAAAUAAUUAACAUUAACUAUGAAGAACGCAUGUUUUAUUUUAUACACGAGGAUGAAACAAUAAAUACUUCAAAGACAUAGACAUGAAGGAUACGGAUUUGGACCUAAAUCUGUGGAAGCAAACCUUAGACAUCAUGGUUAUAAUCUGGUAGCUAUGAUUUUUUUAAACUUCGUAGGUUAACAACUUCGGUAACACUCAAUUUUCAAAGACGCUUAAAAAUGAUAUGUUUCAAGAUGCUAUUUUCGUAGUGUGAUCGGAUUUUAAGGAGU